AUGCUGCCGUUACCCGGCUGCGAGGUAAAGCUGUGCGGCGAGCGGUUCACCUUUUCACUUCGAGUCGGUUCCCGUCGCAUGUAUACGGUCACCGUCGAAGAUGAACAGAAUCAACUACGAUGGAUGGCCGUACUGGAUUUGGCAGCAAACGCCCAACUUCAACAGACUCCAGACAGUUGA